CUCGAUUUUUACGCCAUUUUGUUAAUCUUGUUAGCCCGAGAAACUGUGCACGUUUCAGGUUGCAACGAUUUACUAUUUUUGAUCUCUGGAAGAAAGAGGUGCUGUGUAUGUGGACCAUGAUGUAUUUUGGCAUCUAGCCUGGCCGUUUGCGAAAGUAAGAUCACGGAACAUCGUUGCUCCGGCUGCGUCGGAGCCCUGCACUACUGCAGCGCAACUCUUGCCGCAUUCAAUCACCCAAGCCAUGAAAGAGACUGCAAGUUGCCUGUUUUUUCUUCAGUGUAAAAAAUUGCGGUAAAUAGAAAUCAUGUGGUCCGGACCCUCUGGACCGUGGAAUCAAUGGCCGAUUCAUGCCUCCAUGUAUCAAAACGUGCCUCAUGAACAAGUGGACUGGGCCCAACUUGCCAAGCAAUGGAUCCAAAUGCAGCAGGCACCCUCCAGGCCAGAACCACCUAUGCCAGCACCACAUAUGGCCCCACCUAUGGCCCCCAGAGUGCCUGCACCACCCUUGCCACCUCCUCAGGCACCUCUUGGGAUGCCACCAUCCGUAGCUCACAAACCUAUGCGACCACCAAUUGGGGGCAUGCCACCAUCUGGGCCACCUCCACCAACAGGCGGCUACUGGGGAGGACCGGCAUCGUCGUCCUGGGGUGCUGGGGAAGGAAAACCCUGGCAAUCAUCAGUGGGUCCACACCAGGCAAUGCCGGCUGGGGGAAUGGGCCCUCCCACAGUCGCUUCCAUGCCACCCAUGGGAGUAUCGGAGAAAGAGACCUUUGACUAUGGCCAUGUUUCUUCAAGCCAGCCGCACGCAUCCCAGAGCUACGAUUACAACCAUGGCGGUGCUGAACAGUACGCCCAGUACGCACCCCCACCACCACUCAUGGACAGCUAUCCAAACACCGGGGACCCUUACCACCAGUACUGGGGCAUGGGCCAGAACUCUUGUGCACCGCCGUUCCUGAGGAAGGAGCGGUGCGAUGACAGGGAAGACAUCCAGGUUCCCUUUUAUGAAGAGGAGGUGCCACAGAUAGGCUUUAAGUGCAGGAACAGGCAGAUUAACAUGGAAAUUCCCAUGUCUGUUGAUGUCCUAGAUGCCGCAAAGCGCAAAACCUUGCCUGGCUGGAUUCGUGAGGGCUUGGAGAAAAUGGAGAGGGAAAAGAUGCGCAAGCUGGAACGUGAAAAGGAAGAAACAGAGCGACGUGUAAGGCUCAGCAAGCAAACUGAAGAUGACGACCCAUCAAACACGAAGUCAAAGUUUGAUUCUGAUUCUGAAGAUGACAAGGAUGCUGUUGACAUGUUCAGUGAAGGUGGUCGUGCAAGGCUGUCACCAAAAAGCAAUGGUGCUCCACCGCCGCCACCACUACGCGAAUCCUCACCAGAGCCAGAGCCUGCGCGAACAAGGGAGGAGGAUUUCAGAUUCCAGACUCCCGAAGAGCAGCAUCAGGAAAUGAUGCUGAAAGUGCGGAGGAUGCUUACUGAGUUGUUGCUCGAAGUGACAAAUGAAGAGAUGCACUCCUUGUGCCAGGAGGUUUUCCAGAAAGCAGUCCUCAAAGCUCCUGCCCGCCAGCUCAGAUCCUCCUCCGCUUUGGCAAAUAUUACCGGUGGAUUGGGCGGCAUCAGCGGUUAUGGCAGCGACAGCGAGUCGAGCAGUGGUGCUGAGAGCGGAGACGACUCUGAGGAAGAGCUGCAGCGCUCUAUUCGUGACAAGCGGGCCGCGUUUGCCGAGUGGGAGCACCAGGUGGCUGAGGAGCUCGAUGAAGAGGACCGUCAGCAUGAGCGCCGGCUGCAGCAGCAGCAGCAGCAGGCAGCUCAGAAGGUAACGGAAGACGGGGGCGUGCGUAACAGCAACAGGCCUGCCGAGAAGAGUUCUACCGACGCUUUAGACACCGACUCGCCUAGAGAGGUCGUCCACGAGGAGACAGCAGUGCCUGAUGACAACGAGGAAGAACAAGAAAGUGCUGGUGACACUCCGCAAGAAGGCUGGUUGAGCCCACCACAGAUGCAACUUCCAGACGAAAAGGUCAACGACAAAAGCAGCAGCACUUCUUCUCCUGAGCACAAUUCUUCUGAGACGGACGAUAGGCAGCAUGACGACACCUCUUCAUCGAGGAGAGAUCGGGAGAAGAGCUCAAGGCGCGAGUCAGUAAAGUCAUCAUCAGAAAAAACAAGUGUAAGCAAAAAGCGACACGACAGAAGGAGCCGCAGCUCUUCCCAUCGAAGGAAAAGUCGUAGUCGUUCCCGAGACAAAAAGGAUAAGCGGCGGUCCCGACAUUACCGCAGCAGCAGCAGCUCUAGCCACAGCCGUAGCAGUAGCCGGAGACGAACCAAACGACGGAGCCGAUCAAGGGAAAGAAAAGACAGGCACAGGCGUCGGAGAAGUAGCAGCACAAGCCACUCCAGAAGCCGAAGUCGAAGCCAUGGCCGACGAAGGAGUCGCUCAAGGAGUGCAAAGCGUUCGAGCCGUAGAAAAGAUAGGAGUCGGAGCCGAAGUCGGAGGCGCAGACACAGCUCUGAAAGCGCAGGGUCGGGUAAGAGGUCCAGUCGCAAAAACAGAGACCGAUGAGACGUGACGUGUUACAGGUGCAGAGAUGAUGUGCACCUCUUCCUGUGGAAAGUCCUCAUACACACUCAAGGGCUCAGCGUUGCGAGCACGCUGGUCAAGUAUGAUUUCCUCUUGUGAAUAGUAGGGGCAUUGUGUACAGAAGCUGCAGUGUGCGGUACUGCAGCCACAUAAAAAAAAAUCCUACUGGUGAAUGCUCAGUGAGGAACUCUGUCCACCAACCAACCUCCCGUCCUUCCUCCCUGCACUGUGUUGUCAAAUGUGUAAAUAGAACGAGGCUUUGAAAAGCCUCGCCCAUCAAUCAAUCUAUCACUCAGCCAAGUUUACCUUGCACAAGCACUUCUCCUCAUUCACUCAGUCCUGCUCUUCGCGCCCAAUAAAACUGCAUUUGCCACAUUUGGUUUCUUGUAAAUUGUGUUCUGCUGCAAAUAAACUUUGCCAAUGUUGUUUACUGUG